AUGAGUAACAGAUGGGUGCUCCAACCAUUCGGCGCUGGGAUGCGGGGAUGGGGUUGCAGCGUCUUCCCCGCCCACCUAUUGGACGAAUCGGAAAGCGUCCUCCGAGACCACGGUGUCCGAGGGCGCGCGGGGGGCGUGGCCUGGGACUCCCCCAGAGGGGAGGGCGCCGUCUGUCCUUGGGCAGAGAGGGGAGGUGACUCCGGCCGAAGAGGAGGACACAGGAUGAGGGCCCUGCGGGUCUCCCAGGCACUGGUCCGCUCCUUUAGCUCAACCGCCCGGAACCGCUUCGAGAACCGAGUAGCUGAGAAACAGAAACUUUUCCAGGAGGACAAUGGCCUCCCGGUGCACUUGAAGGGCGGUGCAACAGACAACAUCCUGUAUCGAGUGACGAUGACUCUGUGUCUGGGGGGCACUCUCUACAGCCUGUACUGCCUUGGCUGGGCCUCCUUCCCUCACAAGAAGUGA